AUGGACGUCAGUACAUUAGCAACAUUGCUGGACUUACAGAACACUUCUGACAUUACCACGGAGCUGAACUCAACGAGCGCAGUGCCCGUGCAAGGAUCCUCAAAAAAGAGAAUGUUCAGUUUACUAGUGAUGGUGGUGUAUACUAUAGGAAUCGUGGGCAACGCUUCAGCUAUAAUUGCGUUGAGAAGAGGAGAACGGAGAGUGAGGAAUAGGAAACAUCUGUUGCUGCUGACAUCCUUAGCCGCUAAUGAUCUAGUCGCACUUGUUGGGAUGAUGUGUGUGAUGUUGGUGAGCGAGCACGUGCCGGGAGUGAAGGACACGCGCGCUUCGUGCGUUGCACGCGUCGUGCUGCGCGUGUUCGGCAUCGGCAGCGUAUGCAUCGCCGUCACCAUGGCUCUCGAGCGGUGCCUCGCACUCACCAGGCCCUUCCUUUAUCAGAAGCAAGUGACGUACUACGUGAUCCGCAUGGCGCUUCUGAUGUCUUGGUUCUGGGCGGCCGUCUUAACCUGCGCACCCAUCCUAGGGUUGGGUCUGUACUACAAAGAACAAGACGGCAUCGGGAAGUGCGUGCGUUACAGGAACGCAGAAACGCCCACAGACAUGUCGUAUGCCAUCGUUUAUGUCACUUUCGGCACCUUACUCUGCGUAAUCCUAGUGUAUUGCAACUUGGCAGUAAUCAGAGCUUUGUACGCAAUCACUGCUCCUCGCGGUAGUCAGACUGUCGUACGUCGUGUCUCCAAGAGCAGCUGUCGCCAACGCCAGCGUACGCUCAAUGGAGAUCCCCCAGGCCCUCACCAUAAUGCUGCCACUGCUGAGGAGGUGGCCUUCAGCAGGCUGAUGGCAACGCUUUCGGUGCUAUUUAUGUUGUGCUGGCUGCCUCAGAUGGUGACUUCAGCUCUGUACCUGGGGCUGGGCAAGAGCAUGUGGCCGAGACUGGAGUACUUAGCGAAGCUGUCGGACGUGCUGAUGUUGCUCAACUACGUGCUGAACCCCAUCCUGUACGUGCAGCGACGAAGGAUCUCGCUCGCCAACCUGUGCAGCAACAUCGCGCACUGUUUCAAGCGGAACCACAAAACAUCGACGGAGUCGAUGAAGACAUCGUGUUGUCCCGAGACCCUAAUAGUGAGCGACAGCUCGGUCGCGGAGAUGCGCCCCUUGCGCCCCCUCAUCAGCCCCGCGCCCGCCCUCGGACUCGCCUCGAACCCCUCCGCACAGACCUUGAAGAUCGACGACUGA